UCUCUAUCGAUACAAUUAAUGCCGGUGAAAAUGGACGCGGAACAGACGACCAGCAAAGAAGCCGAGGCGAGCAUCGAUCUGCUGGUUAUCGUGUUGGACACUAAUCCGUCGCAGCACAUCGUUCGCCAGAACCCACAAAACCUCACCCAAAUCCUGGAGGCGGUGAUUGCCUUUGGGAAUGCGCACCUCAUGCAAAAAGCCCAAAACAAACUGGCUGUAUUAUCCUGCUCCCAUCAUGCCACGAACUUCCUAUACCCGCAACCGAGGCGUCCAGUGGAAUUGCGCCAGGUCGAUGGGCAAUAUGAGGCCUUCAGUCUGGUGGAAAAGACGGUGAAACAGCAGCUGGGUAGCAUUCUAAUGAAUGCUCCACGUCUGAGUGCUCCCUGCGAGAGCCUUCUCGCUGGGAGCAUGUCAAUGGCGCUGUGCUACAUUUCCAGACUGCAACGCAACGUUCCACCUGGCGUUAAGAUGCACUCCCGCAUCCUGGUUUUGACAGGCAGCAACGAGUGCGCGUCCCAGUACAUGACCUACAUGAAUGUCUUCUUUACCGCCCAGAAGCUAGAUAUUGUGAUCGAUACCUGCGCCUUGGACAAGACGCUCAGUUUGCUCCAGCAGGGCUGUGAUAUUACCUCCGGUCAGUUCCUCAAGGUCACUCAGUUGGACGGCCUGCUGCAGUAUCUAUUGUGGGUCUUCCUGCCCGCUCCGCAGAUGCGAAACAAGCUGGUCUUGCCGCCGCCGCCAAAGGUUGACUACCGCGCCUCCUGCUUCUGUCAUCGCGAACUCAUCGACAUUGGCUAUGUCUGCUCCGUUUGCCUCUCUGUGUUCUGCAAAUACAGUCCGAUUUGCACCACAUGCCAUACAAUCUUCAAGAGUCCAGGUCCUUUGCCCGUUAAGGGUAAGAAAAAAAAGAAGACCGAGAAACAAAUGUAAUUCGAGCAGUACCUCUUUAACUGUCGAUUGAACAGUUUAUUAAAAUAUUAUUUUAAAUUACUUCA